UCAAAUAUAGAAUUUCUAAAAAUACGAAUUUUUUUACGUACAUGUUAGCAUUUGACGCGUGUUGCAACUUGCAGGACUAUAGCUUGUGGCUGUUUGUAUCGUAAUUUCUUAACCUAUAUUGGAAAAAUUUUAAUGCACUUUGCCUUGGGAACUAUUGUGCCCGUCUGUUUUGGGAGUCUCAGAUUCUUCCGAACGUAUGUAAAAAGUAUGAAUAUCUUCCUGGCCAAACGAGACGGUGCGGACGCGAACGGCCUGCGACGAGGGACUUUAAAUAUUUAUAAACGCGACGAAAGUAAAUUUGAAUUUGAAACGCCGGGUUGUUUCAUAUACACGCAGCGAGGCAGUAUUCCGCAUUUGACACCUGACGAUCUUCAGUACAUUCGCAACCUCUCGCGACCGCUGCCAUUGAAUGUCAGCCUUGCUUCUGUUGCUGAUAUGGAGUGCGUGAAAGCGUCCGGACGAUCGCUCAGCGAAUACAUCGGUUACCGGGAUGCGUUUGUUUAUGUUAGCAUUCAGGACGUUCUAUUCCCUGCUAAACCUAAUUCGAACGAAAAAAAUGCUAUGGGACUAUGGAGAAAAAAAGGGCGCAUAAAGAUCACUUGCGAUGCUUUCCUGGAAAUGCAGAAAAAUUUAAAUCCUGAUAUGUUUCAAAUCAUGUGCGACAUGGAUACGGAUUUGGGAACAGCUACGAAUCAGCGUCUGGCAAAAUCCUUUGACAAUUCAGUACGAUGGCUGGAUACCUGUUUAGAGGGUUUAAAAAAAUCCACCGGCAGUACGAUGCCUGUAGUUGCCACCGUCGGCGGUGGAGGGAAUACUUUCAAGCGGCCACAAUUUGCCUCCGAAAUCGGACAGCGGGCUGUUGAUGGUUUCGUUAUUGAUGGUUUUGGGAGCACCUGGAUGAACAGCUGGAAGAAAUGGGAGUAUGCAGAUAAUAUCUUCGAUGAAAAUGUGGAAGUCAUACACAAAUCAUUGAAUUUGUUGCCGUCAAACAAACCUCGGUUUUUCCAUGCGCCGGUUUCACCAAAGGCAGUCAUCCAGUUAAUCCGCAUGGGCGUUGACGUCUUCGAUACUUCGUAUCCAUCUGUGUUAGCCGAUCGAUCAGAAGCACUCGUGAGGAUAUCGGAUAGAACAUUCGAUGUCUGGAAUAUGACAGAUAAAAAAUAUUUCGAUGAUUUGACUCCUCUGAGCACACUGUGUGGAUGCUACACUUGUAGCAAGUAUACCAAAGCUUACGUCCAUCAUCUGGUCAGAUGUAGGGAAAUCAACGCAGGUGUCCUAUUAAUGAUCCAUAAUUUGAAUGAAUAUCUGAAAUUCUUCAAUGACUUGCGGCAGAGUAUCGAGGACGAUUGUUUUGAUGCCUGGGAUCAAUAAACACUUGUGUUGGAAGUUUUUAAUGGCAUCUUUGUGGUUACAAUAAGUGUCUGCUGAAUGAACAUGAACACUACCGUCCAGUGCUGUUUUCUAGUUUUGAAUUCGAAUGUUCUCUGGCUGAUGUGCCGUCUCAGUGAUAUGUUUUCUACUAAUCGGGUAUAUUUACAUUUUCGGCAGAGGUAUAGAACUGUACAACGGAUAGCUUUUUCAGCCUUGUUGUAAAGGUUUACAGUUUUGUAGUUGCAUUAAUUUGUGCCUGCUUUGUUUUCUGGUAAUACGCGUCGAUUUUCCUUGAAUUUGAUUGUUGUCAGUACUUGCCACAACGUUGAAUGUUGUGAAUUUACCCGUGUUUUGUAGAGCAUAAGGUGCAUAACACUUUAGACAUUCAACAGGUGUGCGGAUAAUUUUAUUAAUUUUUGUAAUGUGAGGUUAUACUCGGCUCCGCUGUACACUGGACUUACUACUUGAUUUUUUGACUACGCAUUCACAAAUCAAGCUGCCCUUGUGUUAAUUAUUUACUAUCUUUUCGAGGCUUGUUGCUCACAGAUGCAAUUUUGCAUAAAAACAA